AUGGCCACCGCAAACAGAGACAACGUUUCUCAACCUAAUAACGCCGCCAUGCAAAAAACCACCGGCGAUUCCCAGGUCCCAGACCUCAACCUGGAAUUCUCUUUCGGAGGGAUUUACCCCGAGAAUUCCAACCAAAACCCUCUGGCUCUGUCCUCAUCGGUGGCCACAAUCAUGAGGCCUCAGGAACCUCAAGCGGCGCCGCAUAGGGCGGUUUCUCCAGUUCGUUCCGUACAGCUGCCGAGGGCAAGCUCGCUUCCCACAGAAAAAGGUCUAAGGCGGGUGAUCAGGCCCAAGAACGUUCGAGCCUUGAGAAGGCUGGAAACCAAACAGAAGAUAGCUCAGCGGCAGAUGAGCCAGCAACCGGCUGCUUUGCCGGAGGUGGCCAGGGCUCCAGCAGCUCCAGUAGCAGCUCCAGUAGCUCCAGAAGCUCCUGAAGCUCCAGCAGCUCCAGCAGCUCCAGCAACUCCGGCAGCUCUGGCAGUAAUCCUGCCGGAACUCAAAGAGUGUGCUUCCAACUGUCCCGGGGCCUUGGAGACGGUACUCUAUCAUUACAAGGCGGAGGGGUACUUGACUCUGUCUCGUGCAGCAAACGGAGCACAAAGUGUUGAGACGUUACCUUCGCAAAGGAAUGUCACAGUACCAUUAAUGGCCACCUCUGCAACAGCGGCUACAACAAAAGAGGAUGGCCCUUCACAAAGCACACCGGAAAGCCCCUCAAAGGGGGUCAAACUUGAUUCUGGGGACGAUAUGGUUUCAUUGAGAACCACCGGAGUGGGAGGAAGACAAAUCAAGGGGAUCCUUUACGCUAGGGAUGGUGAGGUUAACAUCCUGUGUGUUUGCCACGGACUUUUCCACUCGCCGGCACAAUUUGUGAAGCACGCCGGUGGAGAGGAAGUAGAAAAUCCCUUGCGGCACAUAAUUGUCUGCCCUUCCUCAGAUUAG